AUGAGGAGUGACCGAGGCUACUUUUUGAGACUGGGAACCGAGGGGCCCUCACGCCCCCCCGGCAUGUCCACCGGCAAGGAGGCUUCCGUGCCGAGCGUGGAGCGCUACGGCGGACCUGCUUCAAACCCCAGGACGGAGGCGCUGAGCGAGAUCCUGGGCUGCGCGCAAGCGCAUGGCUGCUGCGAGAGCUCGGAGGCGGAGCUUGCUCGACGAGAGCUGCUCGAGCUCGUCACUGCGCCCGACGCUGACGGCAUUUGGAAUAUGACUCGGGCGAGGAUGCGUCAGCACGAGUACUAUUUCAUCGUGCAGCGCAAACUGGCUCGCCACUACUGUUGGCUGGAGCUCCUCUCCCGCCCGACGUCGGUGAUGGCGCAUGACAGGCGAUCACUGUACGCAUCGUGCGCCUUCCUGUGUGUGUCUCCGCAGAGCCGCUGCUGGGCGGUGUCGGCCGCGCGUCUCCUCACGUCCCCGCGCCUGUCCUUUACGGCAUUUGUGUGGCCCGUUUUUGUGCAUCGUUAG